UGCUGAUUGGCUGGAGUGUGAGAAGGUCUCGGUCAGAGGACAGAAGCAACAUGGCGGCGCUGAGGAGAUUGCUGAUCGCUGGGAAGGCCCCUGUAUCCGGCUUACUUCAGAGAGGAUUCCACAGGAGCUCCCCGGCCGCUCUGCAGGUGACUGUCCGUGAUGCUUUAAACCAGGCUCUGGAUGAAGAACUGGAAAGAGAUGAAAAAGUUUUCAUCUUGGGAGAAGAGGUGGCUCAGUAUGAUGGUGCAUACAAGGUCAGUAGAGGUCUUUGGAAAAAGUAUGGCGACAAAAGAGUUAUGGACACUCCUAUAUCAGAGAUGGGCUUUACUGGCAUUGCUGUUGGUGCUGCUAUGGCUGGAUUGAGGCCUAUCUGUGAGUUUAUGACUUUUAACUUCUCCAUGCAAGCAAUCGAUCAAGUGAUCAACUCUGCAGCCAAGACACACUAUAUGUCUGCCGGACUUGUACCAGUCCCCAUUGUCUUCCGGGGGCCAAAUGGAGCCUCAGCUGGUGUGGCAGCUCAGCACUCUCAGUGCUUUGCAGCCUGGUAUGGACACUGUCCUGGCCUAAAGGUCCUCAGUCCCUGGAACGCAGAAGAUGCAAGAGGUCUCCUGAAAGCAGCAAUUCGGGAUGAUAACCCAGUGGUAUUUCUCGAGAAUGAAUUGAUGUACGGUGUUCCAUUUGAAUUAUCUGAAGAAGUCCAGUCAAAAGAUUUUGUUAUUCCAUUAGGAAAAGCAAAGGUAGAAAGGCAAGGAAGUCAAUUAACCCUGGUUUCACACUCAAGACCUGUUGGCCAUUGUUUGGAGGCUGCCAAUGUGUUGGCAAAAGAAGGAAUUGAUUGUGAGGUAAUAAACUUAAGAACCAUUCGUCCAAUGGACAUUGAAACUAUUGAGGCUAGUGUUAUGAAAACAAACCAUUUAAUCACUGUUGAAGGAGGAUGGCCACAGUUUGGAGUUGGAGCUGAAAUAUGUGCCAAAAUAAUGGAAGGACCAGCGUUUAACUUUCUUGAUGCUCCUGUGGUUCGUGUAACAGGUGCAGAUGUUCCAAUGCCUUAUGCCAAGAUCUUGGAAGACAACUGCAUUCCUCAAGUGAAAGAUAUUAUAUUUUCUGUGAAAAAGACCCUUAAUCUAUUAUAAUUAUGUAAGAAUAAUACUUAUUGAUUGCCAGAAAAGUGUACAGCUGCUUCUGUGAUUUUUUUUUUUUUCUUUUUCCUUUCAUCCUUCAAGCAUUUUUGGUAUCCUUGCUCUCAGAUUCUCAUGCCCACUGUCCAUCUAUCUCCACCUUAGAAAAUGAAAGCAAAUUGUAACCCUCUGAAUGCUACCGACGAUGCGCCCUUUAGGAAUUCUGUUUUACAUAAUGUGUUGUCCAAUCUUUUUUUUUUUUAACCAGAAAAUUACUCAAACUAGGGUUCACUAUUUUUUGUACAAGGGCCAUGUCAUACAAAAUUACUUGUAAGUCAACAAACCAUACAACUUCCAAAGUACACAAUGGUGAAUUUUUUUUUUCCUUUCCCCUUUUUGCCUUAAACAAGGUGCAGCACAACAUUACAUUUCAGCUUGCAUCCUAACAUCCCAUUUGACAUUUCAUAUACAAGUAGAACAGGUACUGUAUUUAUGGCAGAACCACUUCAGUGCUCUACAACAUGGCAGCACGCAAUGCCACAAGCAAUGCCACAAUCUGGAAUGUUCCAUUUUGUUAGCGAUGGCAUCUAAACAAAUAGUGCUGUCAUUACGAUAAAAUAGCAGAACCCUUCUAGUUUACAGCUGAUUCACUUCUUAAAGACACUUUAAAUGCAGCUCUUGCUGUAAUAAAUUCUGAUUGUACGUUUAAAACACUCCUUCCAAUUCCUACUUCAUGUGGAGAUUUAUGUUACAAGCAGAUAUUUAGUGGAACAUGCGUUCUCAUCGCUACACAAUCUUUCUGGUGUUUAAAUCCCUACUACUACAUGUGGGGGAAAAUACAAUGUUUCACAAUAUCGAACCGUGUCCUCUUCUGUGUGGCAAAUAAAGUUUUUAUUCAGUCCAGUA